AUGGUUUGGAUUACGAUUGAUCCAAGGGCACCAUUAGAUAGAGCUCGUCGAGUUGUACGUGGAACCCAGCUGGAACGGUUGGAACGCGCUCCUGGACGAAUAUGGGCGGGUUUUAGUAACCAUAUGUAUAGUGAAGGUCUGGUAUUUUGAGAUUUUUUUACCAUUCGUUUGGAUUAUCAUUGAUCCAAGGACACCAUUAGAUAGAGCUCGUCGAGUUGUACUUGGAACCCAGCUGGAACGGUUGGAACGCGCUCCUGGACGAAUAUGGGCAGGUUUUAGUAACCAUAUGUAUAGUGAAAAUCUGGUACUUUGAGAUUUUCUCACCAAUGGUUUGCAUUACGAUUGAUCCAAGGAUACCAUUAGAUAGAGCUGGUCGAGUUGUACUUGGAACGCUGCUGGAACGGUUGGAACGCGCUCCUGGACGAAUAUGGGCAGGUUUUAGUAACCAUAUGUAUAGUGAAAAUCUGGUAUUUUGAGAUUUUCUCACCAAUGGUUUGCCUUACGAUUGAUCCAAGGAUACCAUUAGAUAGAGCUCGUCGAGUUGUGCUUGGAACGCUGCUGGAACGGUUGGAACGCGCUCCUGGACGAAUAUGGGCGGGUUUUAGUAAGUAGGUUUGGUUUUUCCUAUUGAGAAAGUGCAGUAUUUUGGAUUUUUCUCACGAUUGGUUUGGGGUAUGGAAAAUCCAAAGUUACCAUUAGAUAGAGCUCGUUGAGUUCUACUUGGAACGCUGAUUGGUACACUUGGAACGCUUUCCUGAGCGAAUAUGGGAAGGAUUUACUCGAAUAUGAAGCUAACUUCACCU